AUGAGCACCGAGGAAAGAUUAGCUACUGUCAGCAAACAAAGGUUAUGUCGCAAUUGUUUGAGGAAGCACCCCGGUGAAACGUGCAAAUCUGGAAACUGCAGAAAAUGUGGUUUACUCCACCAUACCCUGCUGCACAACGCUCUUGAGCCACCAAAUUUUCAACAAACUCCGUCAACAUUGUACACUGCUCAUGCUAGUGGUAAUCCGGCCGCCCAAUCGCUGAUUUCGGCCCUUGAUUUAGCCACUAAUAUUGACGCCUCCAAUGUUCUGCUUGCCACUGUUGCCAUCAACGUUUUGGACAAACACGGACGACCACACGCCUGUCGCGCUGUUUUGGAUUGCGCGUCCCAAGUUAGCUUCAUCAGCGAGAGCUUUUCUAACGAACUCGGCCUGGAUCUGGUGGAAGCAGACAUGGACUUAGAAGGAAUAUCAUCCACUCCUGCACACGCAGACAAAUGCGUGCAAAUUAUCAUUGCAUCCCGAUGCUCGGACUAUCGCACUACCGUUCCAUGUAUGUUGCUAGAAAGGAUUACUAAAACACUACCUGUAAAGCAAGCUAAUAUCGACGGUUGGCCAAUUCCUUCCUCCAUCAACCUUGCUGAUCCUCUGUUUCAUCGCCCUGGUAAGAUCAACGUCCUGCUCGGCAUUGAACUGUGCUUUCAGUUGCUCGAACCUGGCCAAAUUACCCUCAGCACCGAUGAUAGCUUCCCCACUUUGCAAAACACCAAAUUGGGAUGGGUGGUUGCUGGUCGUUAUCGAGAUACCGGCGUUUUACGGCAGAGUAAAAUUUCAACGUGUUUUUUGACGUCAACUGAUGAAAGCCUUUGCCAGCAAUUGCGACGCUUUUGGGAGCUUGAAGAGUACGUUGAAACUUCAUCUCAUUUCAGUGAGGAGGAAAAACUGUGCGAAGAAUAUUUUCUCAAACAUACCGUUCGGGAUGCCAGCGGGAAAUUUACAGUUCGGCUACCAUUUCUUCACCCCCCGAGUCAACUUGGCGACUCGAGGCAAAUGGCUGAGAAACGUUUGAGCCACAUCGAGCGAAAAUUACAUCGAAACCCUCAACUCAAGCACGAAUAUCAUGCUUUUCUUCGGGAGUACCUCGAACUCAGGCAUAUGACGCUUGCUGAGUACCCAGCACCCAAAGGUAGCGUAUAUCUCCCCCAUCAUUGUGUAGUCAAAGAAGCCAGUUCUACUACAAAAUGUCGCGUCGUCUUUGACGCCUCAGCGAAGACGACCAGCACUAAAUCACUUAAUGACGUGCUUAUGGCCGGGCCCGUUCUACAAGACUCGUUGGUCAACAUUCUUCUUCGGUUUCGUUUGCCGGCAUUUGUGGUCACCGGUGAUAUAAAACAAAUGUAUCGUGAGGUUGAAAUCCACGAAGCGGAUCGUGAUUUUCAACGGAUCCCUUGGCGAUGGUCGAGCGACGAGCCGGUAAGCGAGUAUCGGCGGAAUACUGUCACAUACGGAACCAAAAGUGCAUCGUAUUUGGCGACAAAAUGUGUACAGCGACUGUUGGAAUCGCACAGACAACAGCAUCCGACGGCGGUUGAGAAAGCAGAAAAGGGAACCUACGUAGACGAUGUUCUGACUGGCGCUGAUUCCGAAGAAGAAGCCAUCCUACUACGACAGCAGUUAUCAACGAUUUUUGCCACCGGUAGAUUCUACUUGCGGAAGUGGGCAUCAAACAGCGCAGCAGUCCUAGACGGUGUUCCAGCCGCCGAUCUCGAAAUGCAAACAUCGAUUGAAAUCAACGAUACACACACUAUCAAGGCCCUCGGCAUCCACUGGCAACCGUGCAGCGACCAGUUCCAGUUUUCAAACAUACCGAACAAGAUCUUUCAGCCCACUAAGCGGACCAUGCUUUCUCAAAUCGCCAGUAUUUUCGACCCGCUUGGACUAUUGGCCCCGAUCGUCGUGAAAGCAAAGAUGGUCAUGCAACAAUUGUGGGAGUUGAAGGUGGCCUGGGAUGAAACUCCCCCCGGUGAGUUAGUUCAACAUUGGUUAGUGUUUGUGCAAAGCCUUUCCGAUCUCAAUUCAUUGCAGGUACCACGUCGAGUAAUCGGCACGCAGGGAACGUCGCGAUAUUACCUGCACGGCUACAGUGAUGCAUCCGAGCGAGCCAUGGGAGCGUGCGUCUACAUCCGAGCCAUUGACGACGACGGUAACACAUCAUCGCAUCUUUUGUGUGCGAAAUCUCGGACUGCACCGAUCGGCAAUGGACGAACAACGCUGCCCCGUCUGGAGUUAUGUGCAGCUGUCAUCCUCUCCCGACUGAUGGUGAACGUGAAGACCGCACUCGCAUUGUCCUUUCACGAAAUGCGAGCUUAUUCGGAUUCAACGGUGGCACUGGCAUGGAUUGCUGGUGGUGCUUCAAGGUGGAAGACUUUCAUUGCCAAUCGAGUGGCAGAAAUAACCACCCAUCUUCCUGCAAUCAACUGGCAACAUGUGGACACGCACCAUAACCCAGCCGACCUGAUUUCAAGAGGAGUUUCGCCAGACAAAAUAAUUAAGAAUUCGCUUUGGUGGCAUGGCCCGACCUGGUGCGGCUCUAAUGAUGAUGGGGACAACCUGCCCAUUGUUGGGCUUAAUGCUGCUCAGCAACGACAGGUAGAUAGGGAGCAACGCAUUUCAGCAACCGUGUAUCUAGCUGUUUAUGAGAACAACUUUCUCGACGAGAUGCUGAACAGGUACUACCGGAAUAUGCAGCUUCUUUUGCGCAUCACCGCUCGUAUAAUGCGCUUUCGCCACCGAGCCAAUAGAGUGGAAUCCCGUUUAACACCGCUCGAAAUUGACAACGCAAUGCAAAUCUUCGUGAGGCACGUUCAGAAUCAACACUAUGGUAAGGAGAUCAACCAACUUGAUAAGAAUCGUGACGUCAAUUGCACCAGCUCUCUUUGCCAACUUAAACCGUUCUUGGAUGAAAAUCAUCUGCUCAGGGUGGGCGGCAGACUGCAACUAUCAGAUCUCAGCUACGAUACGAAACAUCCGAUCUUGUUGCCUCACAAUUCAGUUCUCACCGCACUUGUUCUUCACCACGAGCACCAUGCGCAACUUCAUUGUGGUCCACAAUCGCCUUUGGCAGCAGUACGCAGACGUUUUUGGAUCACUCGUGGGACGAGUGCAGCCCGGAAUAUCUGUCGAGCAUGCGUUGAAUGCGUUCGAGCGAAGCCUGUACCAGUUCAUCAGCUCAUGGGACAACUUCCAGAGGACCGCUUGAAACCACUACCACCCUUUUCCAUCACCGGCAUUGACUACGCUGGGCCCGUCAACAUCAUCGGUCGUCGAACCCGUGGUGCUGCGGCCUCUAAGGGCUACAUCGCACUGUUCGUAUGCUUUUCAACACGAGCCGUACAUUUAGAAGCAGUUACCGACCUCAGCACGACUGCCUUCAUCGCCGCUUUCACUCGCUUUAGCAGUCGGUACGGAUUACCAAACAAAAUCUAUUCGGACAACGCUACUAACCUUCGGGGAGCGGCAAGGAAGUUUCGUGAACUAUAUCAACAGAUCAACACAACAGAGAGUGACGACGAGGUUGUUGAUUUUUUCACCAACAAAGGCAUCCAGUGGAUGUUCAUUCCUGCCCGGUCGCCUCACCACGGAGGACUGUGGGAAGCUGGCAUCAAGGUUGCGAAGGGCUUCCUGUGUAAGCUCGGAGGUGACGCUCGUUUCACGUUCGAGGAGCUGAGUACCGUUCUCGCACAAGUAGCAGCCUGCAUGAACUCUCGUCCGAUCACUCCACUCUCCAAUGAUCCCAACGAGCCACAACCUCUCACGCCGGCGCACUUUCUCAUCGGGCGCCUACUAAACAGUGUUCCUGAGAUAAACCAGUUGGAGCAUGAGAUUGGAUCCCUAAAUAGGUGGCAGUAUGUUCAACGAGUCAGCCAAGAAUUCAGAUCUCGGUGGCAGUCCGAGUACGUACUAUCUCUUCAGCGCAUGACGAAAUGGAAGCGAGCGGCAGGGAAUCUUUCAGUGGGUGAUUUUGUCCUUUUAGUCACCGACAACGAAAAACCCAAGCAAUGGCCAAUGGGUCGAAUCGUGGAUGUGUUCCCAGGGCCCGACGGACACGUUAGGGUGGUUGAAAUUAAGACGACAAACGGUACUACCCGGCGGGAUGUGAGAAGAGUCCGGCGCAUCCCUUUGGAGGACGACGAGUACGUGCCCGGACGAAAUGGCGUGGAAAUUCCUCGACGUAAUUUGGUGGGCGGCUUAUGUCGUGGCCUGAUUUAA